UGAUGAUGUAUUGUGCUGUAGUGGAGUCUUCAUAUAAGAAGUAGAACAUUUAUAAUCAUUCAAUCAUUGCACAUUUUCUACUCCGGCGAAGAUGACCGCAACAAUGAAUCACAUUCUACCGAUCCUCUACUUUCUGACGUUAUCAGCAGCAAUAUCAGGGAAGACAAUACGAAAUGAUGUUGCAGAUGACUAUCCACGUUAUGCCUACAACCAAGCCAUCGAUUCUUAUUCUGGAGACAAAGCGCAAUUUGGAUAUAGAGAAGACCAGCUGAAUGGAGCCUAUAACCCCCUACAGAAUGAUGGAAAUUUACGUGUAGUGGAGUACGCUACGGAUGACUUUAGCAGCGGAUUCAACGCAAUUGUGCAGAAAUUGGCAGCGAGUCUAGUACAAUCAUCGCCUCUUUUUGGUCCUCUACCCCUUCCUUUGCCGCCAGUUAACCCUUUAAUAAACCCAUUGCAUUAUGGAUUCGGACCAACAGCGUUACCCGUAGGGGAAGUAGAACUACCAAAUGUUACGGUAAAAGGUCGCAGUAUACCGUGGGACCCUAAGUCGCGAACGUUCGGCGGCUGGAAACCUCUCGACGGACCUGUACGCAAAGCCCCACUAGCGACAAUUGUGACCAGGAAAUAUGUGAAUGGACAGCUGUAUAAAGUGAGGACAAAGCCAAUCUCCUUAGUUGGCAAAACAAUCAUCAUCAAGAGAAGACCUGAUUUAGAUUAAGAAGAAGAUGCCAUACUUUUAGAUGUUAAAUUUAGGUUAUCGAAUUCUCUAGUCUCUAUUGUAAAUAAUCUGUUUGUGUAGAAUGUGAUUAAUUAUUUAUAAGUGUUAUUUUGUUACUAUUUUUUAAAUAAUAGUGACAAAAAAGACGAUCAAAACUGUG